CUGGCGGGGCGGGGCAAGUUCCAGUGUAGCGACGUCAGGCAGCGCCGCUUCUGUCUGCUGCUGGCCGGAACUGUGGGGGGGCAGCUAUGGGGGCGCAGCUUAGCACGCUGGGAGGUAUUGUGAUUUAUCCAGUAUGGCUAGUUUAUACCUUCAUCAUGCGGCUCUUCAGGAAACCCCAUCCAGCAAUUACCUUGCAAGACCCUGAAGUGAAAUAUGCAUUAAGACUGAUUGACAAGGAGGAAGUUAGCCAUGAUACAAGAAGAUUUCGUUUUGCCCUUCCAACUCGUGAGCACAUUCUGGGUCUCCCUAUAGGACAGCACAUCUACUUGUCUACUCGGAUUGAUGGGAAUCUGGUCAUCAGACCCUACACACCUGUGUCCAGUGAUGAUGACAAAGGCUUUGUGGAUCUUGUUGUGAAGAUUUACUUUAGAGGGGUCCAUCCAAAGUUCCCUGAUGGAGGAAAGAUGUCUCAGUACUUAGACAGCCUGAAAAUAGGGGAUACCAUUGACUUCAGGGGACCCAGUGGCCUACUUGUCUACAAAGGAAAAGGCAAGUUUGCUAUUCGUCCUGACAAGAAAUCUGAACCGGUUAUAAGAACAGUGAAAUAUGUUGGAAUGAUUGCAGGUGGAACUGGGAUAACACCCAUGCUACAACUUAUACGAGCCAUCACGAAGGAUAAAGAUGAUCCCACUGUUUGCAAUCUUCUGUUUGCUAAUCAGACUGAAAAGGAUAUCCUGUUGCGCCCAGAACUAGAGGAAAUCCGGGUUGAAUAUCCAGACCGCUUUAACCUUUGGUACACAUUGGAUAGAGCACCAGAGAAUUGGGAGUAUAGCCAGGGGUAUGUGAAUCAAGAUAUGAUCAGAGACCACAUGCCUCCACCUCAAGAUGAUGUUCUGAUCCUAAUGUGUGGUCCUCCUCCAAUGAUCCAGUAUGCUUGCACCCCCAACUUGGACAAGCUGGGGUACAUCAAGGACAUGGUGUUCUCCUACUAAAGAUGACCGAGGGUAUGGUUAUUCAGUAGGGUGGAAAGAGAGAGAUCAUGGAAGGAAAAGCAUUUAAUGGGGAACAAGACAAAAUAACACACAAGGGUGGGUGAUACACAGUACUGGGAAGUUCCAUUUCAAUUAUAAAUGCUUAUUUCUUAAUGGCUUAAGCAGACUUAAAAAAAAGAGCCUGAAUGUAUCAUGUUUCAUGCUGUACCAAAACUUAAUACAGAAUCAAUGUCACCAUGUUGUAGUUGGACAGUGGUGUGUGGUACUCCUUUACAGUGCACAUACCACUUGUAUCUGACAGAAAGACCACUGAAUUACAUUCAGUCUCCCAGCCAACAGUAAAAGUUUCUUGGAGAGGAACUAUUAUGUUGACUUAAUGCUAUAAUCAGGAGUAACUACUUACUUACCAACGCUGUGUACAUCUGGUAUUUCACAAGGUUGAAAGUGCAUGUUUAUUUACCUUGCUAUACCAAAUCAUAAUCCUCACAACACUUUUACAGUAAGAGGGCCAAGAGCACCUGCAUCAUCCAGCACUCCCUACAGCAGCAAAAGCUUCAGGCUAACUUUUGGUUGAAGGCUGGCAGUUACCUGGUCACAACAGAAGUGCAAGGCAUCACUUUAACACACAGCAGUGUGAGGAACAGAAGAGUUUACUUCCAGUUUUCUGUUUCAGAUUUUAAAAAAAAGUAUAAAGAGUAAGCCUUUUCCAGCUAGUCACCUGUUGUAACCACUCCCAUCCCAUGGCACUGAAAUGAGGUCUUAAAGGCAGAAGGCUUUGUGCACUAAUUCUCUGAAGAACUGGGGGUGGGGUUAAUCAGAAGAGCUGAUGGUGCUGUUGUGGAAAAAGAACAGUUGUGUGUGUGUCCCCUCUGCAGGAAAUCUAUGUAGAUCUGACAGGAGAAUCCCUUUUCUCUGGGACUUCCCUUCUGACCUUUCUCUGCUGCUGUGCUCAGCAGUGACUGCACAGAAGGCAGUUCUUCACUAUGCUGUGUUUAACCACGUAGUCUGUUGUCUUUGUAUACGAUUACUCCUACUUAUACC